CUUUCUUUCCGUCCCGGGACGCCAUUUUGCAGGACGCGAGGUGAGGUUCGCUGAGCACCGGUUGUGGGCCGCAGUAAUAAGCCAAAAUGACGAACACAAAGGGAAAGAGGAGGGGGACACGUUACAUGUUCUCAAGGCCAUUUCGCAAACAUGGAGUUGUCCCUCUGGCUACCUAUAUGCGCAUCUACAAGAAGGGUGAUAUAGUUGAUAUCAAGGGUAUGGGUACUGUUCAAAAAGGUAUGCCCCACAAGUGUUACCACGGCAAGACUGGAAGGGUAUAUAAUGUUACUCAGCACGCUGUGGGCAUUAUUGUUAACAAGCAGGUCAAGGGAAAGAUUCUUGCCAAGAGAAUCAAUGUGCGCAUUGAGCAUAUUAAACAUUCCAAGAGCAGAGACAGCUUUCUGCAGCGUGUGAAGGAGAAUGAAAGGAAGAAAAAGGAAGCAAAAGAAAAAGGCAUUUGGGUUCAACUGAAACGCCAGCCUGCUCCCCCAAGAGAAGCACACUUCGUGAGAACUAAUGGCAAGGACCCAGAGCUGCUGGAGCCAAUUCCCUAUGAAUUCAUGGCAUAAGGCACAUUUAAAAGAAGUAAAUUAAAGAUCUGGUUUUGGACAAGUGUA